CGCUGCGGUCUGCGAGCUCUGCCAAAGUGAACAGGACGCGAGGCGACGCGCAGCGCAGCGCAGCGCGCACAGUCCACAGGAGCGGACGUGGUGAGCGGCACACAUUUUCAGAGGACAAGGACACGAGAGUGGAAGCUGUGAACGGUAAACCCCACUCGGCAUAAGUUCAUAUCCCCCUGUGUUUGUGAGGGGUACGCCGUCUCUGCUCAGCUCUCACCGGGACGGCGGUCUGACCAUCCGCCGCCGCGCGCCCCGAUGAUGGACCACUAGUGAUCCGGAGAAGAAGACGAGCCGCUCGCCCCGGACGUCAACAAGUCCGCCGUGCUUUGAGAACAUGGACUGUGUUCGCACCGAGGAGCGGAGGGCAUUGCUGUAACGCCGUUGGACCAUGGCAGGGGUACACGCUUCAGACGUGCUGUCGGGACAUUUUCUGGAUCCCACCAUGGGCGCCCCGCCGGCCCAGGGUGCCACCAACACAGCGGGAAUCACCGGCGACGCGGCCGCGCUGACUCUGACCGGUGCCCGGGCGUACUUGGAGGUGUCGGCCGCUGCCCAGGGCUACGGAGCCGAAGGAGUUUACACCAAUGGACGGUACAGGGAGCACGGCAGUCCGCGGAUCGGGAGUGGCAGCCGUGAUCACUCCGCCGAGAGGAGUCAUGGAGCUGGAAACGCUCCUUGUGGCAUCAUGAAGGAUGGCUCCAAACAGAGGCAGGUGAGGAAGAAAACGGUUUCCUUCAGCUCAAUGCCAAGUGACCGCAAGAUCAACAGCACAGCUGCUUGCAUGGCCUUUAUGAUGGAGGGUUGUGAGAUGAAGAAGGUGCGCUCCAACUCACGCAUGUACAAUCGUUACUUCCUGCUUGAUCCAGACAUGCACUGGCUCCGUUGGGAGCCAUCCAAGAAAGAUUCAGAGAAGGCGAAACUGGAGAUCAAGGGAAUUAAGGAGGUCCGUUUGGGAAAGAAAACCCCAGUUCUGCGCAGCAAUGGUCUCUCAGAUCAGUUCCCUGAUGAAUGCGCCUUCUCAAUCAUCUAUGGGGAUAACUAUGAGUCCUUAGAUCUGGUAGCCAGUACAGCAGAUGUUGUCAGCACUUGGGUGAUGGGCCUGAGGUAUCUGGUGUCUUAUGGCCGGCAUACCGUGGAUAUGGUGGAACCUAGCCAACCGAGUCUUCGAACAUCUUGGAUUGGCUCAGUGUUUGAGCUUGCAGAUAUGGAAAAAGAAGGACACAUAGACCUUUUCAGGGCCACCCAGAUAAUCAAGGGGCUCAACCCUGGAAUGAAGGAGUCAAGGAUAGAGCUGAAGUUCAAGGAACUCCAAAAAGCUAAAGACCAAUAUGGUGAGGCAAUUAACAUGGACACCUUUGUGGAGGCCUACUGUGAGCUCUGCACACGACCAGAGAUCUUCUUCCUACUGGUACAGUUCUCCAGUAACAAGGAAUAUCUGGACAGUAAAGAUCUGAUGCUCUUUGUGGAUGUGGAGCAAGGUGUGGAAAGUGUAACAGAGGACAUGUGCAGGGAUAUUGUUCAGAAAUUUGAGCCAUCUGCUGAAGGUAGGGAGAGGGCCUACCUCUCCAUUGAUGGCUUUACACACUACCUCCUCUCCUCCGAAUGCCACAUCUUUGACCCCCAGCACAAACGUGUGUGCCAGGAUAUGACCCAGCCUCUGUCCCACUACUACAUCAACUCAUCCCAUAAUGCCUCUCUUCUUGAAGAUCAUUUUUGGGGUUCGUCAGACAUCAGCAGCUACAUCCGAGCUCUAAGAAUGGGCUGUCGCAGCAUUGAGGUCAUUGUAUGGGACGGCCCUGAUAAUGAACCAGUGGUGUAUGUGGGUAGUUCUGUAGCCUCACAUCUUGCUUUUUCUAAAGUCCUGGAUAUCAUAAACCAGUAUGCUUUUGAGAGCUCUGAGUAUCCCCUGAUUAUCUGCUUAGUGACCCACUGCUGCAUCCCCCAGCAAAGGGUCAUGGCACAGCAUAUGAAGAAGAUUCUUGGAGACAAGCUAUUCAAUGAACCCCCCAACAAGGAGGAAAACUAUCUACCCUCCCCUGAGAAACUCAAAGGUAAAAUCCUGAUUAAGGGCAAGAGGCUUCCGCCCAACUGUACUGACACUGAGGGGGAUGUGACAGAUGAGGAAGAGGGUCUGGAAAUGUCUCGACGAGUGGGAGCUGAUGAAAAUGACCAGUUAAAUGGCUUAGGUUACAGAAGACUCAGACUGUGCAGGGAGCUCUCUGAUCUUGUAUCUCUCUGCAAGUCAGUCCAGUUUAGGGACUUUGAGAUCUCAAAGAGAGAGCAAAAAUACUGGGAGAUUUGCUCCUUCAAUGAGGUAGAUGCAAACAGGUUUGCCAAUGAGUUCCCAGAGGAAUCUGUUUGUUAUAACAAGCGCUUUCUCUCCAGGGUAUAUCCCACACCUAUGAGAAUUGAUGCCAGCAACAUGAAUCCCCAGGAUUUUUGGAAGUGUGGCUGCCAGAUUGUGGCCAUGAACUUCCAGACACCAGGCCUGAUGAUGGAUCUCAACCUAGGCUGGUUCAGGCAGAAUGGCAACUGUGGGUAUGUUAUGCGGCCAGCCAUCAUGAGAGAGGAGGUGUCCUACUUCAGUGCCAAUGCUCGGGACUCACUGCCAGGGGUGUCAGCUCAGCUUCUUCACAUCAAGAUCAUCAGUGGGCAGAAUCUGCCCAAGCCACGCGGCUCUGCAGCCAAGGGUGAUGUGGUGGAGCCCUACAUAUAUGUGGAGAUCCAUGGCAUCCCAGCUGACUGUGCUGAGCAAAGAACCAAGACUGUGUCCCAGAAUGGUGACAACCCAAUUUUUGAUGAGAGUUUUGAUUUCCAGAUCAAUUUACCGGAACUUGCAGUACUGCGCUUUGUGGUGUUGGAUGACGAUUACAUUGGAGAUGAGUUCAUUGGCCAGUACACCAUCCCAUUUGAGUGCCUACAGCCAGGCUAUAGACAUGUCCCCCUCCAAUCUCUGACAGGAGAGUUCCUACCCAACACCACUCUGUUUGUCCACGUAGCCAUCACCAACAGACGGGGAGGAGGAAAGGCACAUAAGAGGGGUCUUUCUGUCAGGAAGGGUAGGAAGGCCCGAGAGUACACAACCACCAAGACCACAGGGAUCAAAGUAGUGGACGAGCUCUUCAGAGCUUCCACCCAGCCCCUCAGGGAGGCUACUGACCUCAGAGAAAAUGUGCAGAAUGCCAUGGUGUCCUUCAAGGAGCUCUGUGGCCUGAGUCCGGCGGCCAACAUGAAGCAGUGUAUUCUGACCGUGUCCACCUGGCUGAUGAACAGCGAGCGGGCGCUGAGGGUAACCGUGGACCUGGGCGAGACUUACCCCACCAUGGAGGCUCAUGGACCGGUGCCGGAGCUGCUUCGCAAAGUGCUCAUUGCCUAUGACAUGAUGAUCCAAACCAGCAGAACACUGAUCGAGUCGGCCGACGUCGUCUACUCCAAGCUCACACAAGCACAACGGGCAGGUCUGGACUUCCAUGAGGACCUGCACCGCAUUGGAGCAAAGGAAGGUCUGAAAGGCCGCAAACUCCAGAAGGCCAUGGAGAGCUACGCAUGGAACAUCACUGUCCUCAAGGGCCAGGCAGACCUGCUGAAGCACGCUAAGAGUGAGGCACUGGACACUGUGCGUCAGAUCCACUGUGCAGCUCAGUCCUGUGGUCUCAGUAAGAACGGAGCAGCUUCCCCACCGCUCCAGCCCCAUUCUCAUCACCAGCCGCAGCAGGUCCAGAUACAGCCACAGCCUCAGGCCAAGACCCACCCACAACCUCCGCCACUGCACCAGUCCCAAACCCAGCCCCACUCACAGCCUCCACCACUGCACCAGUUCCAAACCCAGCCCCAACCACAGACAGCACCUCAGGCUUAUCUCCAUCCACUUCCCCAGCAACAUCCCCAGCUACCAGCUCUCCCUCUGGUUCAAACUGUUUCAAAACCCCCGGCCUAUACUCAACCGCCAGCCCUAACCCAGCUCCAGUUCCAGUUCCAGAGCCAGCAACAGAGGGCGGCAGGAGCUCUGGACGCCAUCCCCGAGAAAGGGAUGGUCAGUGACGACCCUGCCGGAUCCUGCUGACCCACAGCCUGUGCCCACAGAGAAUCCUACCCAAAGAGAGACGGAGAGAGCGAGAUGGUGAUGGAGAAACAGAAAGGUGUAGAAGAAAAGCAGUUGGAGGAAUUGGCUAAGAGGAUUAAAGAAAUGAUGAUGCUGAGGAAGACCCGCCGUGUUAGAAGUGAGACCCAAGUCUGAGACGAGGUUUGAGUUGUCCAGAGGGCUGAAGGAGAAAAGAGAGAGAGACCAUAACACUUCAAUCACACAUUUCUAAACGGGAUGGAAAACUGGAAAGGCAAUGUUUACUUUUCUCCAUCGUGCAUUUUAAAGAUAAUCGGGAAGUGUAGGUCUCUUCUGUCUUCUCUUGUGCAAAGCCAAAAGGGUAACAGCUGGUAACAAACUUCUGGUGUGUGUCUCGGCAUCGGGAAAGCGUGAAGCAGUUGGCUCCGUUAGAUAUCCCUGUUUCUCUCUGGGAAGUGCUAGUUACAUGCCCCUCCAUUGUGUACUCUAGCUCUGUGGGUACAGGCUUUACCUCACGUCGGCAUUUUCUGCCACAAAUUUGCCUUUUCAUUUCCAGACAAUCCUCAGCAUGUCUUUGACUUUUAAUUUGUUCUUCUUUCCAUCUUUGACGUAAAGCAAAACGCAAACCCCCCACUCCUUUUGACGAAGAGGCUGCCAUUUUCAUUUUGAGUGCACAGUGUAGAGCAGCUCGACUAAGCUGAGCUUGACUAGGCUGAGCUCUGUAAGCGUCGCAGAUGCCUAAUUCAGCACAAACCAGGAAGCUUUCGAGUCCAAAUAGAAAAACAAACGAGCAGCCAUGUGGUCAGUCAGAUUGAUGCUCCUCUUGCAACACUUGCUGGUGCCGACCUCCAUCGAGCCUCAAACAUCUCCAGUGUCAUUCCACGGGAUUUAAGUUCUUCAGCAUUUAUGGACUCUCCCCACAGGGUCUCAUUGUCUCCCCCCCAGGGGCUGUGUGUGUGUGUGUGUGUGUGUGUGACGUUACGUUACGUGAAUCGGUGUUUUGGUCCCCAGGGUGGAGCUGGCCCACGUCAGUUAGUGGUGGAGCUCACCACCCAAUCACAACUGGAAAUAUUCAACCCUGCCCGUUGAGAGGUCAAAGGUCAACAGGAACAUGGUACUGUUGUCAAUAAAAACUCAAAUUAAAGUGAAUAUAGAUGUAAAGUGUAUGUAAAAUGUACGAAGGGAACAUAUAUUGAUAUAAUAAUUCUUCAGACAGAUUAAUGAUUGAUAUUAUAGUAAUUGUUGUUAGUUCUAUUGAUAUUUUGAUUCUUUUUUUAGCAUUACUUCCACAUAUACAGUGAUUUGGAACACCUGUUGAACGGUGGUGCAGAUCAGGACAACCAGUGCAUGUGGGACUAGAAAGAGGGAUUACUGGUCAGCGCCACAACGCGAGGGUCAAACCAUAACCCAACAUGUGUUUCACUGCAAAGUGAGUGUGGAUUCUGUAAGAGCUCCUUUAAGUGGCCCAUUAAAACUGGCUUCGUUGUUUA